ACAUCUUGGAUCCAACUAAGUUUACCCGGAAAUUAAACUCGGCUGGGGAGAAAUCAGCUGAAGGUGGAAAACCAGAUCAAAUCUUAUUUAAUCUUUCAAAUUGUCGAUGGCUUUAAUUUUUUUUUCUCCUCUAGAAAAUCAGAUUCCUAAUGAGGAAAAUGGAAAGACGGAGCAUCGCACGGCGGGUAAAAGAGAGUCAUUACCCCCGCUCAAGGUGAAGAGUCGUCGGAUCCGCACCGCCUUCACCCCGGAGCAGCUGCGGGUUCUGGAGUGCAGCUUCCAGAGGAGCCACUAUCUGUCGGUGCUGGAGCGCCACACCACCGCCGCGGCCCUCCGCCUGUCGGAGACUCAGGUCAAGAUCUGGUUCCAGAACCGACGCACCAAGUGGAGGAAGGAGAGCCUGACUGUGCGGGGAAAUGAGGAGGAAGGGGAGCAGCGCGGCUUCAUCCCAGCGUUCCCGGCCCACCCCGCGAUCUGCGCGGCUCUGACCUGCGGGCCCCUGUACCAGCAAGGCCCCCCGUUCCGGCUGGUUCCGACUCUGCCUCUCAUGCCCUACCGAUACUGUUACACAUGAAACAUAAUAGUAGCUCGAGCUUGAAAUGGGCCAGAAUCAGAAAAGUCCUGCAGAACCCGCAGCAACUUUUGGAGGAAUUUGUUGCCAGACUGUGACUGUCCAGAAAAUAUUUCAA